AUGCCUAGUUACGGCACUGUCACUGUGAACAUAGUGACUGGCGGCAGGGACAGUGUAAUAGAGAAGAGGACCCGUGUGCAGGUCCCCUCCUAUCUGGCAGCGCAGCAGACUCUGGAUUUGUGCUACAGGGUUUCACAGUUUGUCACUGUCUUUGCUUCUCAUACAGGGGAGACUGAAAAUGUUCCAGUAAGCAGUCUGCCAGCUCAGAUAUACCAGUUGCAGAUUUUGGCCUCUGAACUUAAGACAGGUUUCACGGAGGCCAUGCAGGAGUUGUCCCGUAUACAACAUGGAGAAUACGCCCUGGAGGAGAAGGUCAAGAGCUGUCGCUGUACUAUGGAAGAGAAGGUGACGGAGAUGAAAAAUUCACUCAACAAUUUAAAGGAAGAGGUCAACACCGCCAUGGCAAUGAUUCAUACCAUAAUUGCUAAACAGGAGGAGAUGCAGCAGAAGAUUGAACAGCUCCAGCAAGAGAAGAGGAGAGAAUCCCGCAAAGUAAAAAACAAGAUCCAGAAGGAAGAGCAAACAAACCAAACACAAGCACCACAGAAUGGCACCUUCCAGACAGUCAAUCACUCUGAAUCCAUGUUGGUCAAUCAUCAUUAUAACAACCCAGUUCAGCCAUCACCAUAUGAGAAAGGGUCAGCUCUAAGAGAAGUCAUAUCCUGGCCCACUGAAAACAAGAAAGAGGUAGACCAGAUCUUAAAGAGAUUGUCCACUACUUUUGAGACAAAAACCCUCCCCGAGUUAAAAAUGAAGCUGUAUGCGCGCAAACAGCAACCGGGCGAGACCCUCCGAGACUACGCCCUGAGUUUACAAGAAACACUAAGAGCGAUCCAAGCAGUUGACAAAGAUGAAGUCAGAAAUGCAGACGAAGCGCUAACAGUUCAGUUUAUUGAAGGAGCCUCAAGGGAGAGUGUCAAAACCCAACUACGACUACUCAAAAUGCAAAUGCCGGGUAAAACCUUCCUAGACUUCAAGGAAGCCGCCAUCACAAUAACUGGAAACCAAUCGGGAAGAGAACCCAGAGCUGGUGGACUUCAGAGAAUCCUCAGAGCUGAUGGGAGCUACUGCUUCCAGUUCCGAAAGACCGAAACGACGACGGUAUCCAGGUCAGUAAGCGCUGGGAAUGAAAUCAAUAUGGCGGUUACCAACACAACUCGAGCAACUCAGGAAGAAACAGAUGAGAGUUUCAAGUCUUCCGUGUCAAUUGAAGCACAGACAAGAGUGUACAUGCCUUCCCUUAUAUGGAGACAACCCAAAGAAGGGAGGGAAUGGGAUGAAGAGAGUUCUUCAAAGGAACAAACAGACAGGCUGAGAGAGCCAGUGCAGAGCAGCAGAAGUGCCCCUGUGGAGAACAUCCUAAGCGAGCCUAAUAGCUUUGCAAGAAGGCAAAGUGCUGCCAAAGAUCUGCUGGAGUCCGAAAGGAAGUAUGUCCUGAAUUUGUCUCAUAUCCUAAAGAUCAGGGCGACCUUACAGGGGUCUGACAUCAAGAGGAGCACUAAGGAGAGAAGUUUCUUCCCCAGUUCCUUGCGGUAUUUGAUCCAGCAUCACCUGGACCUGCUUCACAUAUUACAGGAGAGAGUUGUGAAAUGGUCCAGACAAGGAAUCCUGGGAGACAUAUUCCUGAAGUUAACCAAUGAUGAGAACAACUUUUUGGACUACUAUGUUGCUUAUUUGAAAGACUUACCAGAAAGUAUAUCCGUGAUCCAUAUAGUGGUUCUUAAAGAGGCUGAAGAAGAUAUUAAGUCGGAUCUGUACAUUCUACUUUUUCACGUAGUUCAACGCAUCCCAGAAUAUCUUAUCCUCUUGCAGAAUAUAUUGAAGUACACAGAGCAGGAGCACCCGGACUAUUACUUGCUGCUCGUUUGUGUCCAGCGGCUGCGUGUGUUCAUUUCACAUUAUAGUAUUCUUUUCCAGUAUAAUGAGGACUUGCUUAUCCAGAAAAGGAAAAAACUGAAAAAGUCCUCUUUGAUUAAGCUGUACAAAGGUCUUGCUUCCCAGUGCACUGGGUCUGGUCAGGAAGUUCCUCCCAGUCUGACUAAUUCUGCAAACAUUAAGGAAAAUGCUGCCCAGCAUGAAGAGUCGCUUCAUUCUUACACUACGGGGCCAGGAUCUAAUUCAUCAGUCACGCAUUUAAUUCCUCAUAAUAAAAAGAGCAGACAAACUCCAGUGGAAACCAUACAACCAUUAAAAUCCUCAUUGGAAUGGGAAAUUGAUCAAAAGAAGCAAGACAGACCAGAGAACAUCACAGCGCCAACUUCAUUCACUGGGGCAGACCAAGAGCUCAAUUCUCUGGUGACCCCUCUGCAAUCAAUUCCAGAGAUGGACUAUGAAAGUAAUUCUGUAGAUGAAAUGCUUGAUAUGGAAAGAUCCAUGAGGACCUCAUCUAAUAUCCUACCUGAUGGCACAUUUGCCCGCAAUUAUGAGGAAUUUGAGUAUGGCGGUGAAAUAAUAGGAGUAUCCACUCCAUACGAAGAAGAAACAUUUCCAAACAGGGCUCUCUUUGAGUCAUGCUCUGCAGGUUCUUCAGAGUCCAGCCUGGAUAUUUGCUUCUUGAGGCCUAUCAAUUUCACACUUGAAUCUAACAGGACAGAACGUUCCCAGCACCCCGUAGCAAGAAGCUGCAUUUCCCCCAUAAGCAACAGCAGCUACAGGCAUGAAGGAAUCCAUGUGAAACACAAACCCCUAAGCCGCUCUCUCAAGGAGUUCCCUCGUAAUCAAGAGACAGUGUCUGCCCGGUUAUACAGCACUAGAAGCACAAAUGCCAGCAGGAUGCAGUUCAAGGAGGAUCGAAGCUCUCAAUCCCAUGGCCUAUCAGCAUCAACCCGUAGCUCACAUCGGCACUUCUAUAUUCCACAAAGACCACACGUAGAAAGUAGAUCUUUACUAGAGGAUAUCCACAUGGAGGACAAUGCUAGAUUCUACCAUAAGGAUGAGACUGAGCAGACCUCUUUCAGUGAGCACCAUCCCAGGUCAGACCAGAAAGGAGGAUUCCGAAGCUCCUUCCGGAAACUGUUUAAAAAGAAGUCCUGCGGAUUAGAUGGCAAAGAGAAGAUGAGUGAGAAGUCAUCCAUAGACCAGUCUCCUACCAGGCAGGAGAUCUUCAGAACACACACUGCUCUGAUCAGCGACUUUGACCGGGGGACGGCGGUGUAGUGAGAAACUACUAUAUACAGAGCCAGUGCAACUGUGAACCACAGUCAGGAAUAAUGACCUCACCACGAAGAUAGUUUGUGUCUAAAGCCAAAACAGUAUUAUUUUUUUUAUUACGUUUUCCCCAGUUAACUAUUUCAUCUUGCUGCUGUUUAAUAGAAAACAGAGUAGAAAGUGUAAAAUAUGGCUUCUUUAUUAUUGGUAACUUCUAGGUAAGCUUUUUCCUUAAUAUGCUGAAUGUAAUAUCAGAAAUAUUUACUGUAUCUUCCAUUCUCCACUGUAGAUGUGACAAAUAACAGGACCAUUUUAGUAGGGUUAAGUUCCAAUACUUUCAUUUUAAAGUUAUCUGCACCACAUGGGUGCAGCUAAAACUUUUUUUAUUACCAGAUGCAGAUAGAUGGGUGGAGCUGGGGAAGAGUUUAUGAGAAUGCCUCCGUUGGUGUUAUAGACAGGAACGUUAAAGCCAGAUUUACUUUUCAUUCUGGCACUAUAGGCAAGAUGUGUUUCUUGACAAACUGUCUUCCAGAUUCAGUACAGCAGUAACAGAUCAGGUCGGUUGAGUGUGCAGCUUUAUACUAGGUUGUUCAGGUUGACACCAUUGCCAAAUUACAAACUGGACAGGGAAACAGACAAUGAUACACAAGGAUAGGUGCUAUUUAUUGCAUAAUGGUCCAGCCAGAUUGCAAAGGUUCUUGGCAGGCUAUAUGACAUGGUCCCACAGCAAUGUUGACCAGGGGUCAGGAGGAUGUGAAAUUGAAGAAAAAAGAUAUGUGAAUAUGUGUGUAGACUGUACAGAAAGGAUGUAAUUAGAUAGGAAAGUUUAUGAAGGUUAUGUGUGCGGUUCCAGAAUUUGCUAAGCUUGCCCGAAGAGGUGAAUUUUUAGGGAACGCUUGCAGGUUUGGAGACUAGAAGAGAUUCAUGUUGUGUGUGGGAGCGCAUUCCACAGAGUAGGUGCAGUCCAAAGAAAGUGCUGCAAUCGUGAGUGGAUAUUUUGAGAUAAGCAAAGAGAUGUACAGAGCCGGCCUUAGGCAUAGGCAAACUAGGCAAAUGCCUAGGGCAUUUGGCAUGCUUAGGGGCACCAGCAGCU